AUGGCAUUUGUUCGAAAUAAUCUUCCACGUGUUCAAUCAGCAUUACGAUGGAUUAGAGUUAAUGAUAUAAAUCCAUUUGAAUGGACAACAUCAGCACCAAUUAUUGAUCCAUCAGAAUUAGGUGAUAAUCAAGUUUUAAUUAAAAAUCAUGCUGUUUCCCUCAAUCCAGUUGAUUAUAAAAUGGCAACAACGAAUUUUUCUAAUACAAAAUUACCAGCAGUGACAGGUUAUGAUGUUAGUGGUGAGAUUGUUGCUAUAGGAAAUGGUGUAAAAGAUUUUAAAAUUAAUGAUGAAGUUUUUGGAUUUUUAAAUUUAAAUACAAGUAAUGGUGGAGGAGCACUUCAACAAUAUUCAGUUGGUGAAAUCGAAACAUUAAUUAAGAAACCCAAAGAAAUAAGUCAUACAGAUGCAGCAACACUUGGUGUAGCAUUUGUAACUGCUAUGGAUGGACUUCGACAAGCUGAUAUUAAUUCAUCAAAAUCUAUUUUUAUUCCUGGUGGCUCAGGUGGUGUUGGUCAUUUUAGUGUGCAAAUUGCUCAAAUUCGUGGUGCUAAACAAGUUAUAACAUCAGCCUCGAAAGAUGAAGGAAUUAAAAUUCUGAAAGAACAAUAUAAAAUAAAAGAUGUAAUUAAUCAUGCAAAAGAAAAUAUUAUUGAUCGUGUAAAAGAAUUAACUAAUGGUGAAGGUGUUGAUAUUGUUUAUGAUACAACUUAUCUUGAAUCAAGUUUUGAAAAAACAAUGAAAACAGUUAAAGAAGGUGGCACAUGGGUUGUUCUUCGUCGAUUUGGAUCAGAUACAAGUAAAGAACAGAAAAUUCUUGAUGAACGAAAAGUCAAAUUAGUUCUUGCUGAUCUUGGACGAUAUUGGUUAGGAAAUGAACGAGCACAACUAGAAAAAUUUGCACAAACUACAUUAUUACAAGGUGCCAAAUGGAUUGAAGAAGGAAAACUUAAACCAUAUAUUAAUCGAAUAAUUAAACUUGAAGAAGCACAAAAUGCAUUGGAAUUAAUUAAACAAGGAAAAGGAGGAUUUGGAAAAAUUGUUAUUAAAUUAUUAUGA